AUGUCCAAAGUCAUGAGAGGCUCUCCAAAGGAAGAAACCUUGCCAAGUGAUGGACCAACGGUCUCCAUCGACAAGGCAAUUGUCGAGAAUCAACAAACCGGCUCUCCAGGUUGCCAAAGUGGCAUUCGAUUGAAGAUGUACGCCUCCGCAGAUUCACAGACAGAGUCCCCCGCGAAACGGCGAUUGCCAGCUGAACUCACGGGCACAGCAAGAAGAAUCAAACACAUGUUUACUGGUGGGCAUUUGGGCAGUGAUUGUGGUAGCCAGACAGAAGCAAGGAUGAAAUGGUGUCCCAUCCUGACCAAUAGUCCCGAGAGACUCGGCAAGGUUUAUAAGAUAAUCGCCGAACGAGGUACGAGACGGGAGAAGAAGAGUAACGAAGAUGGAAGUGCCUAUGCUCAUCAUGUCGCUGGUCAGCCUAUUAACAAGCCCAAGAACCGGUGUGAGUCUUCGUUGGGGCCCCGUUCUAUGGACGGCGACGUUCUUCCCUUCGACAUCAAUAGGGUCCACCUCGCGAACCCAAUCCAGGGGAACGAUUACAUCAACGCCAGUUGGAUCACUGAACCUGCAUUCGAAAUCCCAGCCGAUCUUCUGCCUCCCUCGCACCAUCCUCAACCUCAACAUGCUCAGACUUGGAUAGCCUCUCAAGGGCCUCUGGAUGAGACGGGAUACGAAUUCUUCAGGCUUUUUUUUCAUCCCGAUCCCGCUCGACGGCCCAAGGUGAUCAUCCAGCUGACAGCCUGUAUGGAGGGCUCUCGUGUGAAAUGUGCCAAUUAUAUCCCAAGCAAGGAGGAAGAGGCUAAAUUGUUUCGCCCUCAUCGUACAGUCCCUCUCGACUCAUCCUCCUCGCAUCCGAAGACGAAGUGGGCGCUACCUGAGCCGGACGAGAUGCGCAACCUUGGCUUUAUCCGGGUUACCUUGGAAGGAGUCGAAUCUGGCCCGGUUCAGCCUCCCGCUACGAACAGCUUCUAUCACAAGAACAAGCUGCUUGUGGAGUUGUUACCUUAUCAAGAUGAAUAUCAGCAAAAGAUACAACCGAUCGCACAAGCAAGAGUGGUCCAUUACGAGUGCAUCAGCUGGUAUGAUCAUGGUACGCCAGAAUUUGUCGAACCGAUCCUCGAGCUCAUCAGCUCCGCGAAGGCCGACUCGAUGAUCAGCAGCCCCGAAGAAUCGACCCCAAGGACGUCUCCAAUUCUCGUCCAUUGUUCAGCCGGGGUCGGUCGCACCGGCACCUUGAUUGCCAUCGCUAGCUGUACCGCCCAGCUCGCCCUCCUCAACAGCUGCCAUCUUUCCGAACGCACCCUGAAGGCCAAUAUCAUUUCCCAUCUCAUCCUGCCCCGAUUAGUCCCUGAAAACGGCAGAAUAGCCCAGUUGCCUGAGUGGCUUAAUGACGAUCUGGUCGCACGUACUGUCGAUUUCCUUCGAGAACAAAGAGUUCUUAUGGUCCAAACCGCAGGUCAACUCGACUACAUUUAUAAAGCGGUAGCCUGUUUCGCAGCAUCUCUCUCUUGA